CAUGACAGAAGGAGGCAGCUCUUCCCUCGGUAGCUGCGUGAAUGUGCGAUAAAUGUAGUUCUCUUGCAGAGAAGCGAAGCGGUCGUCGCACGUCUUAAACUGGCGUCUGAGGUGAGUGACCACAGGAGCUGUUGAUGUGCGUGUGCUCGCAGGCAGGUUGGCCAGUGAAGGAAGAUUUCCUGCAUCUCUUAAGGGCACGCAGCGUGACAGUUUGUGCCAGGAUGAGGAAGGAUCUUGGGUUGGCGCUGCUCUUGCUGCUGUUUGCAGCUGUAGAGUCCAGCAGCACGUUUCCACCAGGGAAACCAGUCCUGCUCGGCUGCCGGUCCCCUGAGAAAGAGACGUUCACCUGCUGGUGGGAGCCGGGCUCUGAUGGAGGGCUGCCAACCACGCACCGCCUCUACUAUGAGAGAGAAAAAUUAGAGGGAACGCAUGAGUGUCCAGACUACCACUCGGCAGGAAAGAACUCCUGUUUCUUUAACAAGGAGCACACCUCCAUCUGGGUCGAUUACUACCUGACAGUGGUGGCCUCCAAUGCCCUUGGGAACGCCACUUCAAAGACCUUACAGAUUGAUGUAAUGGAAAUUGUGAAGCCCAACCCUCCUGAAAACAUCACUCUGCAGGUGAUGAGAGAGGACAGUCCAUAUCUCCAUGUAACAUGGAACCGUCCCCCCAAUACGGACACCAGGUCCGGCUGGGUCACCGUUAAAUAUGAACUUAGAGUCAAACAAGAAGACAGCAACGAGUGGAAGGAGUAUAUGUCAGAUACACAAACCCAGUUCAACCUGUACAACAUCAGUCCUGGGGUAAUGUACAUGGUUCAGGUGCGGUGUAGAUUAGACCAUGGCUCCUGGAGCGAGUGGAGCAACUCUACCUCUGUGAAAACCCUUAACUAUCCUAAGAAGGACAGACCAUUUUGGAUGCUGGUUUCCACCCUCUCUGCAGUUCCAUUUCUAACAGCGAUGUGUAUCUUGGUCAUGAAGAGGAAAUAUGUGAAGCAGUGUCUUCUGCCCCCUGUUCCUGGUCCAAAGAUAAAAGGAGUUGAUGUUCAACUUUUCAAGACGGGGCGAUCUGAAGACGUCAUCAAUGCCCUGAUCAUCAACCAGAGCUUUCCUCCUGUGGUGGCCUGGAAGGACCAGAUCGAGGAGUACCUAAUCGUGUCUGAUGACGGACUUCUUCUAGACUGCCCCAGUUCUCAAAAAAGGAAGAAAAGUUUGAUUAUUCCUGCUGGCUUGCACUUAGACUUGGAAAUCCAAUGUAAGGAGUCAAUCCUAGGCCAGAGUGCCUGGGAAAAUGCUGAGGAAAGAAUGAAAGAAAUAGAUAACUUUGUAAAAACCAAUACAUCUCUCUCAGGGGAGAAUUUAUCUCGCAUGGAGCCAUCCCGACUGCCAACUCAGAAACAGCUGUGCCCAAGUGUAAGCUUUGUAAACACAGGGGACCAGAGUCCGUCAAAUCACGAUGGUGCUUCUGAGAACACUGUGCAACCUCUCACAAACGGCUAUGUGGAUAUCCAGAAACACCACAACAUACAGGAGGUGGAUGUGAAAGAGGUGGACUACAGCAGAGUGAAGGAGGUGAACGGUGACAAUGUUCUCAUCCUCCAGAAAGAAAACGUCCCAGGCUUCAUGGACAUUCAGAGUCAAGAGAAGAACAUACCAGAUGACUACAGCAGGGUGAAAGAGGUGGACAGUGACAAUAACAUCAUCUUGCAGAGACAAAAUGUCUCAGCUGACUCUUCCUGUAGGGAGAAAGGUAAUCACUACACAGACUGCACCAAUAAGAAACCAAGAAAUCCUCAUGAACCCAGUAAAGUGGGAGUGUGCACAGAACUAAUCGGUAGUGGAUACGUAGAUACUAUCCCUGCACCAUCUUUAAUGUAAAGUUUUCUUUCAUGUGCAACAUUCAAACACAGAUAAUAGAUGUCCCUAGUGAUUUACAAGGGAUUUAGUGAUUAAAGGCUGGAAGAAGGCUUCUA